CACGCGUGUGACUGGGAUUUGGAUCGCGACUCCUUUUUGCCUCCAGUCCCUCCAGGCGAGAACCAUUCCGGGUCGCGCAAGGCGAGCCAGGGGUUGCUGUGUUAAGAUGGCUCGUAUUACUCUUGAGGAAUUGAAUGAACUAGAUGAUGAGGACCUUGAUGAAGAUGAGGAACCCAUGGAUGAGGAAGAACAGAAUAGGCUGUUUUCUCACUGGGAGGCAAUAGCUAGCACCCACCAAGUGACUCUGCCUCGAGAGAUGGCAGGACCAGUAGUGCAAAUGACACGACAUAACCAGACACGAGAGACGGUGCCCUAUGCUACAUUGUCCCAGCAUGAGAAGUGUGAGGAGAUAGCAUAUGAAGAGCGGCUGUAUCCAUCUGGGAAAUGGGCAUGCACCACCAGAGGGGACCCCAAGUAUGAACAGAGCAUCUCCAUGGGUUUCAUGAAACUCAUGCGGUACAUCUGCAAGGAGAACUCCUUACGCCGCCACUUGGGGAUGACAGUGCCUGUAGUCAAUGAGAUCCAUCUUAAUAAGGAGGGCACUGAACUGCUGCAAGAAGUCAUUACUGGCUAUUAUCUCCCAGAGGAAUUUCAGCUUAAUCCCCCUCUCCCUAUGGACCCUGAAAUCCAAGUCAUAGAGAGAGCUCCACUUCAGGUCAUUACAAGGGUGUUUUAUGGGAACACUACAGAAGAAACAAUCCUACGAGAGAUCCAUCUUCUUUGGGAAUUGCUGGGCUCUGCUGAUAAUGUGCUCCAUGAAAUCUACAUGGUGGCUACAUAUGAGAAUCCUGGUGUUCCUAACCGUCGCAAUGAGAUCUGGUUUAUCCGGCGAGCAAACUGAAGCUCUCAUGAAUUCCUGACAAAAUUGCAAUCCACCCCGUGACUGGAACCGGUUUAGAUGGCAGUUCUAGCCUGAAGGAGAUAAAUGCACAUCCUGACUCACUGGUCAUCUUAUAGAAUAGAUGAACUGCUCCUUUUCCCCUGGGAGAUGUGACAAGUUAGGUUCCCUCCUGUGAGCUCACAGCCAAGGGGAAAAAAAGUACACACAAAUGUCCCUGAGAUUUUCACCCCAAUCCUGAAGGGGGCAGUAUGGGAAAUGCCAUUCUUAAAGGAGGUGGCUUUGGAAAGAACAAUCGAUGUCUGCUUGUGUAGGCCAGAGUUGAAUAAAGGUGUUUUGAGAAGUUUCGCUCACAGUGCAAGGUAGCUGGAAAUGAAUUUGCAGAGCAGGUCCAAACAACGUUGCUUACAACUGUGUGUACAGCUGACAGAUGGUAAUGGUUGAGGAACAGGUUGUGACCUGAGUUACUUAAAAAAGGACAGCUUCUGAUGCCACAAAGCAUCCCUUUUAGGCAUGUGUGCAAAUGGUAAAUCUUUCUUUUAGUCAGUUAAUUCUCCCACAAUAGUGAAGAGCCAUUCCUGCAGUUUGGGAUAGAAAUAACUGUAGUCUGUCCUGACUGGAGUAUUUUAAACACAUAUCCAGACAUAAGUGGGAAAUACUUGCAAAAGCCUAUGGCCUUGAGGAUGAAGCAAGAAGCAAAAAUCAUGGAAUCUCUUUUCCCAGGGUUUACAUGCUCUACUUUCCCAAGAAUUAUGUGUCCUCCACUGGCAGCUUUCAGCCUGCCAGCCAUUUGGAGUAUGUGCCCACCGCAGACCUAUGGGCUUGAUGGGAGGUGAGCAGGCUGUAAUAUGUGUUAGUUGUCAUUAGUAGUGUUUAUAUCUCAUUGUGUUGUGCAUUGAUUGGUUGGUUUCACACUCAUAAAUGUAGCUGUUCUCUUUGAAGAGACGUUGGUAAUACAAAGCAAAUCUGAAAUAAAAUCUAGCCCUGAAAUAAAAUUCA